AUGACAGGGAUUGUAGAUACUGAGGCGUGGAGGGAGUUUUUCUCCGUGCUACAAACCUUGCCGGAGCUUUGGAAGAUCAAAGCGGACGUCUUUAAAUACAAACAUAAGAAAAAAAUUGCACUUUCAAAACUAUUGGAAGUAUACAAGUCCAUAGACGGCAACGCGAAUGAAGACACCGUGAAAAAAAGACUUCAAAAUAUAAGAAGCUGCUACCGCAGAGAGUGUAAAAAAGUCGAGAGGAGCCGAAAAUCUGGAGCUGCCGUCGAGGAGGAGUAUGUACCUACGUUAUGGUACUUUGAUCUAGUUAAGUUCUUGAGGGAUCAAGAAAUACAGUUGAGUGGUACGUCUACCGGCGACUUGGAAGAUGGAGAUCUUGAGUUACCAACGGAAACUCAUGAGCCGGGGCCCAGCCACAAAAGGAGAAGAACGAAUGAUGCGCACCUAGAGGAGAGGAAUGCGCUAUUUAAAAACGCGCUGGCCCAGUUGGCAUUCUCAGAAAAGCCGAAAGAUGAUGCCAGCACACAUUCUGAAAGUUGGGCAGUUUCACUUAGGGAGCUUGCGGCGCUCCAACAAAUAUGUGCCAAAAAAGCGAUACAAGACAUUUUCACGCUAGGGCAAUUAGGAGCCCUACGGUUGAGUACAGUAAAUGUUGCUGAAGCCUUAGCAAUUUCAAGUGAACAUAGCGGUAAAUAA